GUUAUUUUGCACUACAUACCUUACCUACCUUACCUAGCUACCUACCUCCUACCUCACAUCUACAUGUAGGGAGGCUGAUACACUUGAUCGUCACUGCUUUCCAUUGUUCUCGAUGACUGGGGCUCUAUCGUCCAUACUCAGUAGCGCGCACGAGUCCAUGCAACGCAGCCGAUGCGCCAGUAUUGCCGCAUCUCGCGCUGCUUCAGUCCAUUGAUGCCAUGCAUGGCUCGCAUCUCUCUGGCAGCUCGGACGACGCGACCAGCUCGAAUGGGACAAUGCCUACGCCCACGCCCAACGGCACUGCAGGCCGCGGCAGCAGUGCUCACCCUGCUCGCAAUGGCACGUCGUCUCCUACGAUCAACGGCAGCAGUCACCUCCAGAAUGGGCCGUCAUCCCCUCAAUCUCCUCCGCCGACAGACACAGGUCAAUGGAGCUCUGCCGUUGGCCACGCGACCACGGCUGGGAAGUCUGGCCGCGUGAUUGAGAAGCUCAUGGCUGACAACGACCGCUUCAAGCGCGAGCUGAAAGAGCAAAUGAUCAAGGCGGAUGAGCUGCAGCGGAGCCUGCAAAUGUUCAAGCCACGCAUGGAGUCCCUGCAGGCGGAGAACGACAAUCUGAGUCACGCCCGAGACGUAGACCAUGGACUGCUGGCGAGACGAGAGAGAAUCAUACAAGAGCUGAAGUCUGAUCUUGCAAGGGAGAAGCAGCGAAGCAAGGCCUUUGAGGAGAUGGCUCAGAAAUCUACGGCAGAAAGAGAUGAGGCUGUUGAGGAGAAGCGGCGGGACGUGCAGAGCAUGGCAGAACAGACGAAGCAUGCUCAGCUUCACUCGGAGAUACUCGAAAGCAGUCACAAGCAGUUGAGCCAGCAGUACAAAGCCCGCAUUGAAGGCAUCAAGACAGAAGUCAGCCAAUUGCAGCUGGAGAAGGAGGAGGAUCGACGGCGUUUGUCCAAAAUCGACGUGGUCUCAGAUCAGAUGCGACAGGAAUUGGAACGCACGCGGAAACUCCAAGCAGAGCUGGUGAGCAAGUGGGAAGAGCUUCAGCGCGAGAAGCAAGAGCGUUUCCAAGAACUUGAAAGAGAGACGAAGGAAGCGAACGACAAGACUCGAAAGCUCAGUGCAGAGAUGGACCAAGUGGUCAAGCGCAUGCGCUGGGUAAUCAAUGUCAAGAGCAAUACCCGGAUAGACAGCAGCUAGACCGGGGUCGGCACGCUGCUUGUUUGAUAGCGAUUUAGCGAAGGCGAGUGACGAUAAUGAGGCAUGAAUGACAUGGACGCUACGAUACCUUACUACCUUUGCUGAUGUCUCGAUCGGGGCAC